UUUCCACACACCACGCCACAGCCAGCCGGGGGUGGUUCGGCAUCGGCUUCGGCAGGCAGAGCACUUUCCAUCCGGCCCUCGCCUCCUCGCGCUGCAUCUCCCCUGACCCCUGUGCCUUGUCCGCCCGCGGCAGAUCCUGAGGCGGCUCGCACUUCCGUGUUCCGUCCGCCGCGCUUCCCUUUGCCCACGCCACGCGAUCCCAAUUUCCAAACCCGAGCGAGGUCAACUCAAAGUACCCGCGCCGCGCGUACGCCAUAAACGUUGCCUGCCGCGUCUUCCGACCGUCCCCCACGCCACGACGCAGUCGCAGCAGAUCCACCACCGACGCGCGCGCCGCGCGCCCCGACGCGGAGCGCUGGAUCCCGCGCAGCAGGAGGCGGCCAACCCGUCGCCGUCGCAGUCUCCCCCGGCCCCCGCAAGCGGCGGCCGCGGCGUCCGCUACCGCACGCCCUCGUCCCCGGACCUCCUGCUCCUCCCCGCCGACCCCAAGAUGCGCCGCUACUCCGCGCUGCCCAACGGCGGCCGCCAGGAGACGCUGGCCGACCGCGCGCACCGCUACCGGGGCGUCUUGCUCGUCGUCCUCGCCCCGCUCGCGCUCGUCUCCCUCGUGCUCCUCCUCAUGCCGCGCUCGCCCGCCGGCGCCACGGCCGGCGCCAGGAGGUCCGGCCCGCCCGGGGCCGACAAGUACGCCGUCAUCUUCGACGCCGGGAGCUCCGGCAGCCGCGUCCACGUCUUCCGCUUCGACGCCAACCUGGAUCUCGUCCACAUUGGCAGCGAGAUCGAGCUCUUCGUCCAGAUAAAACCGGGGCUUAGCCACUACGCCAACGAUCCCCGGGAGGCCGCCGAGUCGCUCGUCUCUCUCCUUGACGAUGCCAAGCGAGUGGUGCCCGCGGAAUUGCGCGACCAAACUCCUGUCAGAGUCGGGGCCACCGCAGGGCUGAGAAAUUUGGGUGCACAAAAAUCGGAGGCGAUAUUGCAAGCGGUUAGGGACAUUCUUCGCGAAAAGAGUUCCUUUAAAAACCAACCGGAUUGGGUUACAGUUCUUGAUGGAACGCAGGAAGGUGCAUACGAAUGGGUUACCAUCAAUUAUCUGUUGGGAAACUUGGGAAAGACUUAUGCAGACACAGUUGGAGUAGUGGAUCUUGGUGGUGGAUCUGUCCAAAUGGCAUAUGCUAUUGCAGAGAAGGAUGCAGAAAAGGCUCCUAAACCAUCCGAGGGGGAAGAUGCAUAUGUGAAGAAAUUGUUCCUCAAAGGAACCACAUAUUAUCUUUAUGUUCAUAGUUAUUUGCAUUAUGGGUUGCUGGCAGCUAGAGCGGAGGUCUUAAAAGCUGGCAAUGGCAAUGGUUACAGCAACUGUAUGUUAGAGGGAUUUCAAGGGAAAUACAAGUAUGGCGACGAUUCAUUUGAAGCAUCCGGUCCACCUUCCGGUGCUAGUUACUCAAAAUGCAAGGAUGAUGCAGUGAAAGCCCUUAAAGUUGAUGAAGCAUGCACCCACAUGAAGUGUUCUUUUGGUGGCAUUUGGAAUGGUGGUGGUGGUGCUGGACAGAAGAAUCUCUUUGUAGCGUCCUUUUUCUUUGAUAGGGCUGCUGAGGCUGGAUUUGUUAACGCCAAUGCGCCUGUCGCUAAGGUUAAACCAUCGGACUUCAGACAAGCUGCGGAGCGCGCUUGCUCGUUGAGCGUGAAGAACGCCGAGGCCACCUUCCCUGGUGUACAGAAGGAUAGCAUUCCAUAUAUCUGCAUGGACCUCGUUUAUCAGUACACAUUACUCGUGGAAGGAUUCGGCGUCGAUCCGGACCACGAGAUGACCUUGGUAAAGAAGGUCCCUUACAGCGACGCCUACGUCGAAGCCGCAUGGCCGCUUGGCAGUGCCAUCGAGGUUGCAUCUUCGUAGUAGGAAGGAAACACAGUUUAGCAAGGUAACAUCGGACGGCAUUCUUGUCAUGAAGUUUUGCGUUGAGAGUCCCCACUCCUCCACUUCCUCCUCUUGAUCGCUUGAAUUCGCACACUCAAUCCAUUCAUCUUACUAUACGGUACGGGUAGCGUCUCUCGGCUCUACUUGGUUCCAGCGGGCAUUGUUGUAAGCUCUGUUAUUAAUAUUUGUAUACUACUAAUGCAAGUAAGAUUGGAGCC